ACUGAUGCUGAUCUUCUCAUCCAUAGAUGAUUUACCCACCGCCGUGUCAUUCCAGAUGUGACUGACAAGUCGUUUUAUGUCGCCCGCAUUGAGUCCUGUGCCGUUAAUCUCGGAGAGACUGUGACACCAUGGCUUUGGUUAUGGAACCUAUAAGUAAAUGGACACCAAAGCAAGUGCUGGACUGGAUGAAAGGUCUGGAUGACUGUCUCCAGCAGUACGUGAAGAGUUUCGAGAGGGAGCAGAUGGGGGGAGAGCAGCUGCUGCACAUCACCCAUCAGGAGUUGGAGGAGCUGGGUGUCACCAGAAUAGGACAUCAGGAGCUCAUCCUGGAAGCUGUCGACCUCCUCUGUGCCCUGAACUACGGCCUAGAGACAGAGAACCUGCGGACUCUUUCCCACAAGCUGAACGCUUCGGCAAAGAACCUUCAGAACUUCAUCCUGGGCCGGCGGAGGGGCGGACACUAUGACGGACGAGCUUCCCGGAGGCUACCCAAUGAUUUCCUCACCUCAGUUGUGGAUCUGAUUGGUGCAGCCAAAAACCUGCUGGCCUGGCUUGACAGGUCUCCAUUUGCCAGUGUGACUGAGUAUUCAUUACUGAAGAACAACAUUGUGCAGCUCUGCCUAGAAUUAACUACAAUUGUACAACAGGAUUGCACUGUGUACGAGACAGAGAAUAAGAUUCUCCACGUGUGUAAGACCUUAGCAGGGAUAUGCGACCACAUCAUCUCUCUGUCGUCAGACUCUCUGGUCUCUCAGUCUGCCCAUCUGGAGGUGGUCCACCUUACCAGCAUCAUGCCCAGUGAAGGCCUGGGGAUGUAUAUCAAAUCGACGUAUGAUGGACUCCACGUUAUCACUGGAACCACAGAGAACUCUCCGGCAGAUCAGUGUAAGAAGAUCCACGCGGGUGAUGAGGUGAUCCAGGUCAACCACCAGACAGUGGUGGGCUGGCAGCUGAAGAACCUGGUCAACGCUCUGAGAGAGGACCCGUGCGGAGUCAUCCUCACAUUGAAGAAAAGACCCCAGAACACCCUGAGCUCCACGCCGGCUCUGCUCAGGAAUGUGCGCUGGAAACCACUGGGCCUGCAGCCGGUCCCCACCAGCCCCACCAGCACCUCCCCUACACCUGGUGGAACUUUGGGCAUGUCCAAAAUGGACGCCCCAAGCAUGCAGGACGUCUAUAUCCUGUCUCCUGUCUCUGGACUCUACAGCACCAGGGAGGAGCUGGGUUUGAUGUCAUGUGACGACAUCAGCCGGUACAGCGUGAGCUCCCAGUCCGGCUCCAAAGGUUCAGAGGCGGUCAGCUACUACCUGGACCAGGACAGCGGUCAGUACUUCUCUCUGCUGGAGGGAGAUGGACCCCCAGGGCCUGACUACGACAGGGGCCGCAAUACGGGGGUUCGCAGGCGGGACAAGACCCCCACCCAUGGUGACCUCAGACCUGUUUCCAUGCCUCCCGAAUAUAACUGGAUGGCCGAGGCCAAGGAACCCAGCAUGGGCAAGAGAGGGAGCCGAGAUUCAGACAACUCCCUGCUGCGUUACCUCAGCGACGACAAGAUCCUGGUGAUCGAGGAGGAGCCCGAGGGUCCGGGGAGGGAGAGCCGGCGGGAUUCUACCAGACGCUCUCGGCGCAAGAGCCGCAAUCCCAGCAGCCCUAGCUUUCCCAUCAGCCCUUCCAUGCUGUCCUCCACACUGCGCCUAGACCAGCCACCCGAUGCUUUGCCUCGAGGUGCGGACACACUGCGAGCAGACACAACAGACAGGUACUCGGGCUCAGGAAGCUCAGGAGCGGCCUCCAUGAGGAAGUCUUUCCAUUACACCUCUCUAAGAACGAAAACCAAAAAGAGAAGUAAAGGUUCCCUCACUAGUGCCAGUCGAAGGAGAAUCUCCUGUAAGGACCUGGGUCACGGUGACUGUGAGGGCUGGCUGUGGAAGAAGAAGGAUGCUAAAGGCUACUUCACACAGAAAUGGAGGAAGUACUGGUUCAUCCUCAAAGAGUCUUGCCUCUACUGGUACACCAACCAGAAUGAUGAGAAAGCUGAGGGCUUCAUCAGCCUCCCUGAGUUCAGAAUAGACCGAGCCAUAGAGUGCAGACGGAAAUUUGCCUUCAAAGCCUGUCAUCCCAAAAUCAAGAGCUUCUUCUUCGCCACAGAUUGUCUGGAGGAAAUGAAUAGGUGGAUGAACCGGCUUGGAUUGGCCGCUAUUGGCUACACACCAGAUGACAAAGUGCCACGCCCUGAUGAAGACUACUGGAGUGAGAGUGAUCAAGACGAGGUCGAUGGCUCGAUGACUCUCAAACAGGAGGGACCCUCAUCCCUCUGCGAUACGUAUCACCGCACACCAUCAACCAACUUCCUUCACAGUUAUGACCAGUUGCCCCGCUCAGUUAGCUCCAUGAGCCUCAUGCGCUCCACUCCGUCCCCACUCCCUCCACCAAUGAGUGCCUCCACUUCCCCCAUCCCUCCACAGAUGGUCUCUUCCACCUCCCCUCUCCCUCCCCAGGUCAAUUCUUCUAGCCCCUUCCCGGAGCCAAAGCACGGUCGACAUUUCUCCAGCGAAUCCACACACUCCCACUCCUCGGCAGAAGACCAGCGUGGAGACAGCAUGGGCAUGGGCACAGGCACAGGCAGCACCAGUACCCACUCUUCCGGUUGCCGCUCUUCGCAUCGUGAGCGGCGCUCCUGGCAGGACCUCAUUGAGACCCCUCUGACCAGCGCAGGGUUGCACUUCCUCCAGACAGCACCGGGGGAAAGUGAUUAUGGUGGCCUAAUGGGGAGCAUGGCUGGAGAGAUGGGGCUUUACGGAGGGCUGGGCAGACAGGGCAUGUCCCCUGAGAGACGCAGACAGGCCACACUGCCAGUACGGAGACACCAUGCCGCAGAGAGGGACAGGGAUCGGGACGGGCCCUUCCCUCUGGAGCGGGGCCCACAUACACAUAGCCACACACACCGACGCUCCCACAAGCAACGCAGCCAGAGUCUGCCCAGGAACAGGGACCCGAUGCCAGGAAAGCUGUUACACACCUCAGCUCAUAUGGAGGAGAGGAGCGAAGACGAGGAGGCGGAGGGGCAGGCUGCAGAUAUGCUCGAGGGUGAGGAGGACCUGCGGGAGUUGAGAGUUGAGAGCAGAGAGAGGAGGGUGUCGGAGGGAAGGGAGCGGAGAGUGUCGGAAGGCCGUGAGCCGGAGACGUUGGAUGGGCUAGAGCAGCUGUACCGGGCCCUGGAGCAAGCCAACGUGACGGCCCUAGGAGACCCAAAACCCUGUAGCAGGCAGGAGCUUCGACGUUGUUUCACUCAGAGAGCCAGGGACCCCCUGCUCAACGACAGGCUGCACCGGGUCCGAGCCCUCCGCAGCACCUUGAAGGCCAAAGAGUCAGAGCUGUCAGUAAUCUGUGCCCUCCUGGAGGAACCUGGCCUGUGCUCCCAGACCUUCAGAGAGUGGAAGCAGUGGCACAGCGAGCUCUACUCAGACAUCUGCCAGCUCAGCCCCGGCACCAACGGCCAGGACGACCUCUCCCCGCUGGCCGCGCCUCUCAUGACCCACACACAUUCCUUCAUUGAGACACACGUGUGAGGAAGAGAAGAGAAGCAAAGACUGGACUUGCAUACACGCGCACUUACAUGCACACAAACACACACACACACACACACACACACACACACACAUAGAGCUUUACAUCAAAAUCCUUUCUCCUGAUCACAACUCUGAGCACGCACUCACACAAACACACACACGCACACACACACAGGAACACACAUUGUACAAUGUGUAAAUAUCAUAGAGGGAACAGUCUGAGACCUGCGUGUAUGAACUUUUGAUAAUCCUGAGGACCCCACAGGGUGCCUAUUGCAUGCCUGAACAGAAAGCAUUAAUCUUCCUUUGUCUAUGGAACUCAGCAUAAACUCCACACGCUUGUCAAGCAAAAUGGGAAAAAAAGGAGACUUUUUAACAUGUUCGUUUCUUUGUAUCCUCUUGGUUUUGCUAUUUUUCCGGUUGAUUUUAGGGGGCAGGGGGAGCUAUGUAGCAGCAAUACAGAGGAGAAUCCUUUUCACCACAGCACUGUACUUUUGUACUGAUGAACUUUGCACCCAGAGCCACCAGUUCUCCCCCUUUCUCUCGUUCUCUUUUUUCUCUCACUGCAUAUCUCAUUGAUUUACAGGGACCUCACUGUUAUUCCAGGCUGAUCUGACGGGACAGUGUGGGGAAAGUGAGGGCAGUGACUUAAAUAUAAGACUGUGAAAGGUAGCCAUCAAUGCUGGUUUAUCUGUUUUAGCCGUUCCUCCGGGAACCAAUGAAAACGACCGUCAUAAGCAUUGAGAAACCAAUUGUGCUGGCUAGAUGCACACUAUUUCAAACUGUGAACUGUUCAAAAAACACAAUUUUAUCUGCAGAAGGAGGCUCCUCUGAUAGAGUGCAAUUCUACCAUUCAGUUUCUCUCUCCCUCUCUUUCUUUUCUCUCUCUUCCUCUGUCUGUGUUUCUCUCCAUCUCCUCCUUCUCUUUUCUUAAUUUUCCUUUGUUUCUUCUCUCUCUCUAGUCGUCAAAGACUUGUGUAUAUGUGUAUACUGCUGUGUAUACUGAUGUAAAUGUUUGCGUUCCACUACCACUGUGAUAUGCUUCUAGAGGUAGCGGAGGGAAGACAGAGAGUAUGUAUUUGCGUGGGUGCAAAACAGUUUUUUUUUUUUCCUCUUUUCUUUUCUUUUCUUAAACAGCGAAUGCAAGAACUGGAGAGUUCUUUUCAAAGGAGUCACUCACUACAAAGAAUGCACUUUCUAUAUCUCUAUAUCUCAUUGGCUGCA